CCAACAUUUCGGCGGUGACUCAGCCUCGUGAAUAAUGCAAUACGGAGACGUUCCACUUCAAGGACGUGCGUAUCUCCUGCGUUGCCCACUCUGCGGAUGGAGAGAAAGAGUCGGCUUGCGUGUCGAUGGCCACGUGCACAGCAGAUCAAUCGACCAGCACGACUGCAAUGUCACCGUUCCGCGAGGCGACAUACUGUACGCCGCGAGACGGCGAAUGUGUGCAAACAGGUGGAUUGGCACUCGUGGAUUCGAGCUUUAACCAGACGGCUCUCAGCCUGCUCGAGGACCUUGUGUCCUUCCGGCGUAUGUACGAGUCGCUUAAUGCGAAGGCUUUGGGGAACCACGAGGGAGUCCCGGCAGGCCACCGUAAAGUCCAGGUCCGUUCGGUGGCGCCCUCUUCUGGUUUCCUUUCCCGACGUCACGACGACGACAUCUGCCUCGCCGUGAUUGGCAGGAUUUGCCACGCUGCGAACCGGCGAUUGGGCAUGCAUUAUAAGAAACUGGGAGAUUAUCACAGGGCGCCAGGGUCACGCGACGAGUUUGAGCGCACCUCCGAAUCGUCGCGUUGAGCACCAAUACAGUUCCGUCAGAUCUUCGCCUUCGCGCAGUGGUGCCAACGUUCUGGAAUGAGACAACACUGGUGUGUCAUCCUUUCUUUCACAUACGUUUGACCUGGAAUUUAUACCGCGACGACCUAGCAAGUUUCCAGUGACAAAUCGUUUAAGAAUCCAGAAGAACCAACCAAUCUAUAUAAUUGCCUAAGAAAUUACGAAGAAAAUAAAACAAAAUGUAUCGGGCGAUUGUCCUUUUAUGAUCAAUAAUGUCA